AUGAUUAUUGGAAGGCGCACAUCGCAGGGGGUUCCGUCGAGGUGCUGGUGUGGAAGAGGGAUAGUCAUAUUCUAUUCCAGAACAGAUGAGAAUCCGUAUCGACGGUUCUAUAGAUGUGAGAUAGGGGCACAGCGGAAGAAGGAAAACCAUUUAUUCAAGUGGGUAGAUGAAGCUUUGCUAGAUGGGAUUCGGAGAGUAGAAGCUCAGCAAGAUAGAAUUGCCGACCUUAUUGAAGAUCUUAAAGAGAAUUUGACAAAGACAGUGGAAGAAGAAGUGAAGAAGCAGAAGAAAACUCUUGAACUAUGUUGUUUAGGAAGCAUACUAUGGCUUCUCGGAAUGGCUAAUCGCCAAGAAUGA